AAGCAAAUAUCUGUCACCCUAGCAGAAGCAUUAAGCAGCUCUGACAUACAAUAUAACAGUAAAGUAAUAAAGAUUGUAUAUUUGUAUUUAAACUUAGCUCACAGUUUUACUGUUCUAUUCAUUCCAUGCCCACAGCCCACCUUAUUAUCAGUUUUCUAGACCAUCUCUCCUCUCCUCCCAAAUUUCAAAACCCUAGUCAUUCUCUCCCAGACUACUUUUCAGAUGAUCCCAAUAUAUAUUUCUUGGGAGGGGGAAUUCUGAAUACUUUUGUGCUGCCAUUUUUCUUGAUAAGGUGAUUUUUCUUUUUAAGCUGAACCAAAAGGGAAAGUAUUUAUAUAUAUAGGUUUGUGGGAAUUUUGGGUGAGGGGGUGGAGUUGUCAGGAGGGUCAGACAUUGGGAUUAUCACCACAAUUUAGUUGCAGCAAAAGUAGAAGCAUCAAGAAAAACAAACAAGAUUUUCUGGUAAUAUUAAUAUAUAGUGACUAGGUGACAGCAGCUCAUCCUCAAGAUAUCAACUAGAUGGGAUCAAGCAGAGGCACAAGUGUGUAAGCUGACACAUUUAGAAAAGGAGAAACCAAACAAGUUAUCUAUAUAUUUAGCUCUGUUUAACGAAGAGAGAAGCCAAGACUUGGUAUACAAAAAAGUUGCAAGUGUACUUACUUGACAUGAAGAGUAACGCAGGAGAAAUAGUACAAGUUGAAGGAGGUCAUAUUCUCCGGGCCACUGGCCGGAAAGACCGGCACAGCAAGGUGUACACGGCCAAAGGUCCUCGAGACAGAAGAGUCCGCCUCGCGGCUCACACAGCCAUUCAGUUUUAUGAUGUUCAAGACAGAUUAGGAUAUGACCGUCCCAGCAAAGCCGUAGAUUGGCUGAUGAACAAGGCUAAAAAUGCGAUUGACAAGCUUGAAGAGUUGCCUCCUUGGAACCCAAUGGACACCACCACAGUACUCAACGCAGGUCAGAACCCUAAUGAGCUUUCACUUCAACAACAUCAACAGUCGCAACAUUACCUGUUUCAAGACCAAUUAGAUGAUGGUCCAAUUAACGAUACUAUGAAAUCUUUCUUCCCGACGAGCUCAGGUAUGAAUUAUCAGAACUACCCAAGUGGUUCAGUACAAAAUAACCCUCAAGAUCUUUGUUUGUCUCUUCAAUCUUUACAGGACCUUAAUAGGUCAGUCCAUUCCACCCCCACUCCUGCUAAUGAUCAUCCUAGUCUUUAUAAUCCGGGUCCUUCUGAGGCGAAUUUUCAAAGAAUGGUAAGCUGGGAUGCGGAAAUGAAACCAGCAGAAGGCUAUUCUUUCUAUCCACACACAAUGCCACAACCACAAAUGAUAUCUGUCAACUCUACACCAUUUACUCAAAGGGAAUCCCUUCAGUCCAGUUUUUCGCCUUAUGUUCGAGCUUGGAAUGACCUGCCAUUCCCUGUCUCUGACCAUAAUAACACACAAGCAAAUGAUCACUUCUCAAUGUCAUCAGCAAGCUCUCAAUUUGGGUCACGCAAGAUAUCAAGCUUUCAAGUUCCUGCCAGAAUUCAUGGAGAGGACCAUGAGGACCCCUCGUCUGCGUCUGAUAAUUAAGUCUCAUAACUGAAUCAUCCAAUGUCUAAUUCACCAGGUACUGCAGGAAACUUUGUUUUGCCAUAAUAUAAACAUUUUACACAAGCUGGUGUUACCAAAAAUACCAUCUGCUUGUAAUUUAGCUCUUCUUCCUUGGUAAGUUGUACUAUGCGCUAAUUUAUCUCUA